AUGUCGUGUAAAAGUGAAGGUUCCACUUCAGUGGUUAGUGUUUUGUGCACAAGCGAUGCAUCUACAUCGGACACCGAUCAGAAGCCUGAGGCGAUACAGGAGGUGUGGAGUGACGCCGGUGACAAUACUUGUAUAUCCGACCUGCCUUUGUCAUUAUCGUUCAAAGAUGAUCACAAAUUCAAGACUCCAGCAGUACCACCGCGCCGUUUGAAGGACCGGCCAAAUGACGCGCCUUUCUCACGUAAACCUCGCUCGUCCGUACCUUCAACGCAAUUUUUGCCACCGAUCAAUAAUGCUGCCGAAGAACAGCAAGCAUUGUCGUAUGCAUUCACGAAACGGACAGACUUAGUGCACGGAAAUCCAAUCGAAAAAGUGCAGUCGAAGCUGAAAAAUGGCUGGUUCAAUCCUGAUCGUCCUUCUCAACAGAAUCAAAUUAGAGAUAAUAAUAGAGUCUUAUACGACCACUAUAUCAGAUUCUAUCACAUGAGUCUGCUGAAUAAGCUGGUGAAAUCUCGUCAUGCCGUUUUGCAACAUCUCAUGUCAACGAAUGCUCUAUGCGCUCCUUCUCGACAGCCUAUGGACCCGGAAGCAUUGAAAAGACGUAACGACAUGGAACGAAUUCGAUUGCGGGCAGCGAAGCGAACAAAAGCAAGAAAUGAAAAAAUAUUUUGGAUGAGCAGUUUUCUUGUUUUGCAUUUCUCUUGCCAUAAUUUAGAUCUGGAUUUGCAUCAACCUACCCAAAUGGAUGACAUAAAAACGAUGUUGAAGAAAUUCAGAAAACUUCGAAAAGAAGAACCGCAUGCUCCGAGUCUUGAUAUCACCGGAAUCGACCUCGACGAUGUUUACGAGAGAGCAGGUGUUCUUGCACAAUCGGAAAAAAUUAAGCAAACCAUGGAAGCUCUUGAGAAGAACCUCAAAAAGUGA